UAUAUAUAUAAAUGUUAUUUCUGAUUGGCACGUGUGUGGAUCAUGCAGUUGCCACGACUCUUUUUUCUUUUUGGUUUUGUUAUAAGAGGAUUCGAAAGUGAAUUCAAUUGUGUUAUUUUGUUCUGAACUUUGUCUCUGUUUUCGGGAAGAGGAGUAAAUUAGGAAUGGAGUUGAUUAAAAGCUUCUUGAAUUUAGUUUCUCCACCCAUUACUUUCGUCUCUCUCGGAUUCUUCUUACCGCCUUAUGUGGUUCUUAAGUAUUUCCUCUAUUUGGUUAGAGGUAUUUUUACCGAAGAUGUCGCCGGAAAAGUAGUUCUCAUAACCGGCGCUUCCUCCGGCAUCGGCGAGCAUUUAGCAUAUCAGUACGCACAGAGAGGAGCUCGAUUAGCUCUUGUAGAUAGACGAAAGAGCCCACUUCAUGAAGUUGCUGAUAUAGCUCGCUACUAUGGCUCCCCUGAUGUUAUCACCAUUCCAGCCGACGUUUCCAAACUCCAAGAUUCUCGACGAAUCAUCUACGACACGAUUAAUCACUUCGGCCGACUGGAUCAUUUAGUGAACAAUGCAGGCGUCGCCAACAUGACCCUGUUCGAAGAAAUGAAAGACAUAACUUCUUUCAAUCAAAUAAUGGACACGAAUUACUGGGGGUCGGUUUAUACAACCCAAUUUGCGAUUCCGUAUUUGAGGAACAACAGAGGGAAGAUCAUAGUCCUUUCUUCAACCGCGGCGUGGUUGCCGGCUCCAAGAAUGAGCAUUUACAAUGCAACAAAGGCUGCACUUAAAAGCAUGUUCGAAACAUUGAGAGUGGAAUUAGCUCCUGAUAUUGGGAUCACAAUUGUAACACCCGGGUUUGUUGAGUCUGAAUUAACUAAAGGAAAGGCCUUGUAUUCUCAUGGUGCAAUGGAAGUUCAUCAAGAUGUUAGAGAUGCUCUGAUUGGUGCGAUUCCGGUUGAGACGGUCGAGGCAUGUGCAAAGGCCAUUGUGAGAAGUGUGUGUCGUGGUGACCGGUACUUGACGGAGCCAUCUUGGUACAAUAGUGUGUAUUACCUGAAAGUGUUUUGCCCGGAGGUGUUGGAGUGGUGUUAUCGUAUAUUUAUGUAUACGAGGCCGGGAUCCUCUGUCGCGGAGGCGCCGAGCAAGAAGUUGCUGGAUGCCACCGGAGCCAAGAAUGUAAUGUACCCACCUUCCAUACACUCUGCUGAAAUCGAGGACGACUAGUUUUGCAAGAACCUUAUACAAAAGUUUUGGUCUUUCUAUCUUCUUUGUAUAUAUUUAUGUAAUGUCUUUCCUUGGGAUUGCUUUGUUUUUUAGACCACUUUAGUGUAGAUCUUCCAUCUAGCAACGAAUGAUAAAUGAUAUACGUGUGUGUAUGAAUUACAAUCA